UGGAAUAAUAACCUAAAUAUAAAUGAAAUAUUAUAACCCCAAAUAUAGGAAAUGAAAUUAUUUCAAAUAUUAAGAUUUGUCGGUAUAUUUAUACAUGAUUAUUUAUUUAAGGAACACUUAUUUGGGUUAAUGCAUGAGCACACCGAUAGUACAAAUUUAAUUGUGAACGUUAUUGUUAUGUAAUUUUUAAAGUUUAAAGGACAAAAAAUGGAUGAAAUUUUAUUUAGAGGUUCACAGAGACUAGAAGCUAUACAGUUUUGUUUUUAGAUCCAAAGUAGAGUUCUUACUACUAAAGCGAAAGAAAUCUUUGAGACAUACAUAGCCCAAGGAAAAUUGUAUUUAAUUGAAGCUUGGAAUAAUCCACACAUUUCCCACAUUAAAGUUGGUGUUACAGAAGGAUCUAUUAGAUUAAUUUCAGCUACUAAUGAAUUUAAAGAGAAAAUAAUUAUGUUCAUGAACCCUAAACAAAUGUAUCUAGCAUUUUUAAAUAUCUUUGGAAAAAAAUGGACCUCUAGAGAUAUAUAUUUUGCUUGUGGAGGAUUAAUUAUUGGGGGAGUUGUAGGAUUGUCCAUUGGUAUAGUGUACCAUAAACGAGAACCAAUUCUAAGAUAUAUGCAAGCCAUCCAUUGUACUAAUUAUUUGGGUGCAGAGUCAAUCACCGUUGCAGAAGAUGCGUUUGCUCCAUACGAAUGUAUCAAUAAUAAAGUUCUAGUUAACGUCAAAGCAGCUUCAAUUCAAUUAAUUGACAUUAAAAUAUGCAAGGGAUACGGGAGGAACUUGAGAAGGAUUUUACAAAGAAUGUAUUCACAAUCAAAUUCAGACUUACCCAUCAUCCUUGGGAGAGACUGUACAGGAAUAGUUACUGACAUCGGUCCAAAAGUUACUAGAUUAGAAGUAGGAGAUGAAGUAUGGUUGACUGUACCUUUUUGGAUGCCGGGUACUUUGUGUCAGUCGGUAUUAGUGGAAGAAAAUAGAAUCGGAAGAAAACCAAAUAAUGUUGGAUUUGAAGGAGCUUGCAGUCUUCCUUAUGCUGGUAGUUUAGCCCUGUCAGCAUUAGUAGAAGCUCGUUUAGAUUCAAUGAAUGCAGGAGGAAAAAAGGUUCUUGUGGAAGGUGGUUGCACACCUGUAGGAUGUGUACUCGUCCAAUUACUCAGCCAGUGGAAAGCAUCAGUUACAGCAACUUGUUAUAAAAGGGCACUGCCAGUAGUUAAAGCUCUAGGAGCUACAGACAUAAUUGUACUUUACGAUAUCUCCACUCCCACAGACAAAUUUGUACCUGAUAAUAAUCGUAAAGAACAGAACAAGGCAUUUAUUGAACAGUUAGAAAAUAGGGACGAACGUUUUGACAUAAUAUUCAGAACUGGUGCAGAAUGCGAAUGUACAGAAGAGGAACUCGGCGCGUUUCUUAAGACUGAAGGUGCCUUUGUAUCUACUCUACCUCCUCCCAUAGAUUCAGAUUCCUACGGAAUAUUUAGAAGAUUUUUACUUUAUUUAUAUAUCAAUAUAAAAUAUAAAUUGCAGGUGAGUGAUAUUUUUAAAAUACAUCUUGUAUUUUUUGCAUUUUCAUCUCAUUUUUUUCAGAAUAUUCUCAGUUUACCUAUAAACACUUACGAUGAAACGCAUUUGUGUAACAUUACUUUAGAUAGAUUAUCCGAAUUGGUUGAGGACGGUUACAUACAAACGGUCGUAGAUAAAAUCUAUCAACCACAAGAUAUAGAAAUAGCCGUAAAUCACAUACAGAAUCCUAAUUCUAUAGGCAGUACGAUCAUAACGUUUAGGUAACAAUUAAAAAAAAAUGAUUUUAGAUGUUUGUAGAUCCUAUUUUACAAAGAAAAUGUCCCGAAAAAUUAAACCUACCCCUUUCCCGAUCUCUUCCAUGUGAAAUUUUAUUGGAAAUUUAGUUGCCGAAUAAAUUAACUAUUUCAAAAGGUAUUAAAUAUAUACAAGGUGCGAUUGAAAGAAAUGAAACGAUUUAUUCUAUUUAAAAUAAAGUAAAUCUGUAAUAUCAAAUUAAAAUUAAUUUCAAAGACUCUCAUCUGUUCUGUCGAGGGCUUUUCAAUUUCGGGAGUGCUAUAAAAAUGUCUCCCUUGUAGUACGUGUUUUAUUUCCUGGAUGAUCUAAAAAUUGAUGUCACAGUUAUUCCUUUUGGAAAUGUUUUUGAAGUGGAAUGACUCACUUCUAUUUUUAAACCACUCAUGAACAGUUUUAAAAUUUUGAUAUUUCAUGAGAGUCUGGCAUAUUUUUUUUAUCAAUUUAUGUAUUUUUUUAUCACACCUCACAACAAAUUUGAACUCAGUCGUUCUUACUCUUCUCUUCUUCACCAAUAUUUUCACUUUUUCUACUUUUUGUAAUUAUUAAACGUAUUUAUUUAAUAGAUAAUGUUAAAACAAAUACUGAGUGUUUCAUUAAUAGUGUGAAAUAUUACAAUUGUUGAAUAAUUGUGAAUACAAAAUAUUAACAUAAAUAAUUAAAAUGUGGCUCCUUACUGAAUUUUAUUUAAAAUUUAAAAAUUUAUUUAUAUGGUGCUAUUUUGUUGUUUACUGUACACGACAAUAAAGUUUUAUGAAAUGAUA